CCUCCUCCCGGGGCCCAUCGCGAACUCAUUCAACCAAUCAACAUAUUUACACGAAUAAAAAUGGGUUUAGACAUUAAAUCUGUGUUAGUGGCCGAUGGAGUCGGAUCUAACUGUCAAGAAAUCCUCAACUCACAUGGAAUCCAUGUCGUCAACCGGCCAAAAAUAUCCAAACAAGAACUUCUUGAAGAAAUUCCUAAACAUGAAGGUUUGGUGGUGCGAUCAGCCUCACAGGUGACCAAAGAAGUGCUGGAUGCGGGCAAGAAACUGAAGGUGGUGGGUCGCGCCGGCGCCGGCGUCGACAACAUCGACGUCGCCGCAGCGGGGGCCAAGGGAAUCGGCGUCAUCAACGCUCCCGGGGCCAACGCGAUGAGCGCCUGCGAGCUAACGUGCGGGCUGAUGCUGGCGCUGGCGCGGCAUGUGGUGCCGGCGGCGUCUGCGCUGCGCGCGGGCCGCUGGGAGCGCGCGCAGUACACGGGCACCGAGCUCCAGGGCAAGACACUGGCCGUGCUCGGCCUGGGCCGCGUAGGUCGCGAGGUCGCUGUCAGAAUGCACGCCUUCGGGAUGACGAUCGUAGGAUUCGAUCCCUUCGUGGCAGCCGAGCAGUGCAAGGAGUUCCACACAACCAAGAUGGAGUUGGAGCAAAUCUGGCCUGUGGCCGACUACAUAACCCUCCACACGCCUCUCAUUGACUCCACCAGAAAUUUCAUUAACGCCGCUGUGCUGAAGAAGUGCAAGAAAGGCAUCAAGAUCGUGAACGUGGGUCGUGGAGGCCUAAUACACGAGCGGGACUUACUUGAUGCUCUCAACGCUGGCCAGGUUGGCGCCGCCGCAUUAGACGUGUUCGAGGAGGAGCCCCCCACCGACCCCCUCACGCUGGAGAUCAUCCAGCACCCGGCAGUCAUCGCAACCCCUCAUUUAGGUGCGUCGACCAAGGAGGCACAGGUGCGCGUGGGCCAGGAGAUCGCCGAGCAGCUCGUGAACCUGGUGAAGCCGGGCACCUACUCCACGCCGCUCGCCGAAGUCACGCGCGUGUUCAAACAGUAGAUAACUUAUAUCUUACCCUGCUAGUUACGACUACGAG